AUAUCACACUCAAUGACUAAAAUCAGGAUUCAAGGUGGAUUCAAGAAUUUCAAGAUAUAAAAGAGAAUGAAUGAUUUCAAAAGUGAAAUCCUUAGAUCAAAACAAAGCCAAUCUUUUCGAUGUUGAUUAAUUCUCCUAUAAAUGGACGAACUUCAAAAUCUUGUUGAAAUAUCAAUAUGGGAAAAGCUUAGGAAAGGUGAAGCAGAUUCUCCCUUGUCGAUUCUUGUCAGAGAUAAUGAAUCACUGAUGAAAGAAACUGGUUUAUCAUGCAAAGAACUUGAAGAAGUGAAAGCCACCCUUUCAAAUAUUGUUUUCAGAUCACAAUUCCUUUCUGCUGAUAUAGUUGAACCAUGGGACCGAGUGAGCACAGGAUGUCAAAAUAUAGAUUCCCUAAUGAGAGGAGGCAUUCCUAUCAAUGGUAUAACAGAAAUAUUUGGAUGUAGUGGGGUUGGCAAAACACAGUUUUGUUUGCAACUAUCUCUGCAAAUACAAUUGCCAUAUGAUUUGAAUGGGAAAGAAAAAGGUGUGGUCUAUAUUUGUACAGAAGAUCCCUUUCCCUCUAAACGCCUCCAUCAACUGUCUGAAUCAUUCAAAGAGCACUAUAAAUUGCCACAAAUUGAUUUUGAAUCAAAUAUUUUUGUUGAUCAUUCAGCAGAUCUUGAACAGUUGAAAUGCUGCCUUUCUGUAAGGUUGCCAAAUUUGAUACGUUUAAAGAAUAUUGGCCUCAUUGUCUUGGAUUCUAUAGCAGGCCCAUUCAGAAGUGAAAAUAGCAAAACAAACUAUACAAGCAGAGGGCGGGAGUUGUGUGAUAUCUCUUCAAGUCUGAACCAGCUGUGUGAAGAGUUUAAAAUUGCUGUUGUUUGUGUCAACCAGGUAACUGAAGAUGUGGUUAAUGAUAAAACAGAACCUUGUUUAGGUUUGGCUUGGAGCAAUAAUGUCACUUAUAGGUGUCAAAUAUCAAGAUUCAAUGACACCCCAACAAGAGAGUUCGAAAUAAUUUUUGCUCCUGAUUUACCAUGCAGUAAGUGUUAUUUUGGUAUAAGAAAAGACGGACUCGUUUCUAUUGAUGAUGUGAGAUGAGGAUGUAUUUUUGUAUUCCCGUGACUAUAGGCACGUUGAUGUGCACGCGAAAUAUUUCAUCCCUGCACGUACAUCAUGUCACCCACAACACGCGAUAUCCGCUAGAUGCAAUGGGGGACUUCGCGCCAAGUUGCCAACCUAGAAACCUCUACCUCUGUAGAAACAAUAUUAUGAAAGUUUGAUUACUCAAAUAGCUUCAUUUUGGUGUAAUUUCAUUGAAGGAGUCUACUCAGCUUUUUACUGAAAUUUAUUCAGAAGAAAAAUUAAUUUUUGUGAACUUGUUGUCGCAUUUGCGGUACGUCAAUAUUGAAAUGUCAAUACUUUCAAUAGCGUCACGAGUAGAAAAUGGUAUAUCAACGAAUUACUAAUCAGUAAAGUUCGAAUCACGUUCGAACUUCGAAUAGUGAUCAAGAAAAUCUAAUGAGAAACGUGCAAACCAAUAAUAAACUGAAUGUGAGGGUUCCAAAGUUAUCUGGUGGGGCUACUCUUGACUCGUCGUAGUGGUAAUUAACAUAACAUUGUUAUUGGGUCUUUAUAUUUAUUGUUAUUCAUCUAUAUUUUCUCACUACCCAUAAUUAAUAGGUAUCUCAUGCUAUAAUAAAUAUUGUGAUGUUCGAAUAGUCUUGGGAUGCAGCAGUCUAAUUAUUUGAAUAAAGGUAUGUUAUUUUGAUAUUGUUGUUUUCCCACAUUUGUGAUAAUAUGUAUCUCUAUUAUUGGAACCUUUGACGACCAGUCGUGUACUUAUUAAACGAUUUCUUUUCCUUAUUAUUUUUU